AUGGCAACGAGGCUGGAGUUGAAGGGGUGCAUGCCUUGUCCCUGUGAGAAGCCCAGAGCAGGGCCCACACCACAGAGAGAGGAGCCUGCCCUGGGCAGCGAGCAGCCUGCAGGCCUCAGGACAGUGGGCCGGCGGCCAGGAGUCAGGGCCCAGAGACAGCCUCCCCCGUGCACCGGCCCUGUGAGUGAAGCUGCCAUGCCCGUGGCCACUGGGCUCCCGGGAGCUGUGGCCGGCAUUGUGCUCCCCACAGGGGUGUCUUCAGACACAGCUGGCCCUGGAGACCUGGGCUCAGCACCGCCCACCCCCCCCCCCGCAGAGAACUCGGGCAUCCGUGUGCCACCAGAGCACAAGGUUCUCGCCAGGUCUCCCCCGAAGCCCAAACCCCAAGUCUGCAGCCUGAGCUGUACCCAAGGCCUGCGGCCUCCGCAUACGGGACUCUGA